CGCCUUAUUGAUAGGUCAAUUGAUGACAACGCGUAGUCAGCCCGCGAUACAUAAGAAUCCGGCCUUGGUAGCUUCAAUCAAGCUUGAGAAACCGUCACUUGGCACUCCAGUUGUUACCAUUAGGUAGCAGAUCCAAGAGGGAAACAAGAUGCAGCUGGUUCCAGCCUUCGUUUCAGCGCUGCUGGUUCAAUCCGGUACAGCCGCGGCUGACGAUGCGACCUUUGUUACGGCCUCACCCCAUGCCGGCUCAGCCGUUUCAGAUCUCUACCCUCCAACCGGUACCUCUGUCGACUCUGUGCUCUUCCCACCCGAGUCCGAAGUCGGCUUCCCGGGGCCAACGCCAACGGGAGUGCAGCCCGCUGCAAUCCAAACCGCGCUAUCAUACCCAGACAAUCGGGGCCCAUCGAACCAAUUCCCACUAGUGGCACCGCAGCCGCAUGGUCACGACAGCACCGAGAGCAAGUUCGAUAUCACAAAAUAUUGGGGUAAUUUAUCACCUUGGUAUUCCCUCAACUCUGCCGAUUACGGGUUACCAGAUACCAGCCCGCUCGCUCCGGAAGGCUGUAGUGUGACCCAAGUCCAUUUGCUCUACCGUCAUGGCGCAAGAUAUCCGACCACCGGUGCCGCCCCUGCCCAAUUCGCCGACAAGAUCGCAAAUGCUACUAAGACAGGGUUGGAGGUAAGCGGUGACUUAGCUUUCCUAGCUGACUGGACCUACAAGCUGGGCGGUGAACUUCUCACGCCGUUCGGCAGAAGCCAGGAGUUUCUUCUUGGUAUUCAACAUCGACAGCUCUAUGGUCACCUUCUGAACAACUUCACCGAAGCUGGUACGAUUCCCGUUUUCCGGACCGAGUCUCAAGACCGCAUGGUUAAGACCACCCACAACUUUGCUGCCGGCUUCUUUGGUGUGCCCGAAUACCUAGACCAAGUAAGCAUCGAGAUUCUCGUCGAAACAGCUGGUGUCAACAACUCAGGCGCCCCGUAUGAAGUAUGCACCAAUUCAAAUGUCGCUAGCCGAGGAGGCAUUGGAAGUACGAUGGCGUCCAAGUUCGCUAAGAAUGCAUUCAAUGCUACUAUUGCUCGUCUAAACUCGCAGAUCUCUGGCGUCAACUUCACAUCUACAGAUAUCCUUGCUAUGCUCCAACUUUGCUCGUACGAGACUAACGCACUUGGCUACUCUGCAUUCUGUGGACUCUUCAGCCAAGAAGACUUCCUUAACUAUGAGUAUUGGUUCGAUAUUUCAUUCUACUACAACAACGGCCCCGGUUCACCCGUUGCUGCUGCCCAGGGGAAGGCCUAUCUACAAGAAUUCGUUGCCCGCUUCACCGGAGAAUAUCCUGAGGGAUGGUCAGCUCUGAACCAGACAUUCGACAACUCGUCCACCUAUUUCCCCCUAAACCAGUCUAUCUAUGCUGAUGCCACCCACGAGGUCGUCGUCCUUGAUACCCUUACAGCAUUCAACCUAACAGCGCUGUUCAAAGGGCCAGCUCUAAGUGCCUCAGGAAACCUCAGGGACAACAGUUUCGUCGCUAGCAAGAUUGUUCCAUUUGCAACUCACUUCACUGCGCAGGUCCUUGAGUGCCCGGCCUAUCAACCAACUAAGCAGAUCAGAUUCCUCGUAAAUGACGCCGUCGUUCCUGUUGCAGAUUCCUACGCUGGUUGCCCAGUCGAUUCUCAUGGUCUCUGCUCGUUCGACAACGUGGUCUCGGUCCUCAAGGAUCGUAUCGCGGAGAUCGACUUCGACUAUGACUGCUUCGCGAACUACACGGCCGCCCAAGGCGUUGAUUACAACGGUCGAGCCCCUAAGAGCUAGGAAUUAGGCUCGCAGGCCCCGAGCCUGCAGGACGAAAGCGGCGGAGUGGUCCUGGCAAUGGCGAAAACUUUCAUGGCCCUAGGAAGUUUAGUCGUGAUAGCAUACCGGAUUUACUAGGUGAAUGGAAUAUG